AUGGCUGAGAGAGAUUCCAAUUCCUGGAGCGUCAUGAUUGCUGGGUACGCGCAGAAUGGUGGCCCACAUGAGGCGCUUGCUCUUUUUAGGGAAAUGCAGAUCUCAGACGUUGAUAUUCAUGGGUUCACCCUGGCCAGCAUUGUGGGCGUUUGUGGGGAGUUGGGGGCCUUGGACUUGGGCAAAUGGGCGCAUUCUUACAUUGAUAGGAAGGGUGUGGAAAUAGAUGUUGUUUUGGGGAAUUCUCUGGUGGACAUGUACGCGAAAUGUGGGUUGUUGGAUGAGGCCCAUACAAGUUUUCAACGGAUGGAUGAGAAAGAUGUUUUUGUGUGGUCCACCAUGAUUGGAGGGUAUGCCAUACAUGGGUAUGGUGAGAAAGCUCUGCAAGUGUUUGCAGACAUGAUAAGUGCCAACGUGAGGCCCACUUGUGUCACGUUCACCAGCAUGUUGUAUGCAUGCAGCCACUCAGGGCUGAUUGACGAGGGCUGCCGAUGCUUUGACAGCAUGCGGUCCGAGUACGGGAUCGAGCCCCAGAUCGAGCACUAUGGUUGCAUGAUCGAUCUCUUCUGCCAGGCGGGCUGCAUCAACGAAGCGCAUGACUUCAUUUCAAGCAUGUCGAUUGAGCCAAACGUGGUGCUGUGGCGGACAUUGCUUAGUGCUUGCAAGGCCAGUGGCCAUGCAAAGCUUGGAGCUUGCAUAAGCAGGAAGCUGCUUGAGCUUAAUCCUAAGAGUGGCCUGGAGCUUGCAUGA